CUUUCACAACUUCCGCUAAAUCCGUCGCUCCUUCCGGUUAGCUAGCGCAGUUCUCCCAUUCUGUGUUGUUAGCUCUGAAACCUCUAGAUACAUUUAUUUAACGUUUACACGGUUAUUACAAACAAGUCAUAAAACAUGGCAGAUGCAAUUCAAAAGAAAUUAAAAGCGGAAUUAGAAAAAUAUUCGCAGGUGCAGAAAGAUGUGAGUAAAAGUAUGUCCGUCAGGCAGAAACUGGAGACGCAGCUGACAGAAAACAACAUAGUCAAAGAGGAGCUCGAUCUGCUGGACAGUUCUAACACCAUUUACAAGCUUAUCGGUCCAGUUUUAGUGAAGCAAGACUUGGAUGAAGCCAAGGCCACGGUCACAAAAAGACUGGAGUACAUCAAUGGAGAAAUUCAAAGAUACGAGACGCUCCUCAAAGACAUGGAGAAGAGGGCUGACGACCAUCGGGAGGUUCUGACAAGUCUGCAGCAGGAGCUCCACAAAGCUCAAGGCCGGACUGGUGGAAAGAUCUGAUUGACGGCGGCGUCUAAAGUCAACCGCCGCAGAAACACGAAACCCUGUCGGCUUACUCCACAGUCUGCUCAUUUCCACUGUUGCUAAUAAUAAAUGUUUUUUUUUUCCAUGAA